AUGAGCGUAGUUGAUAGCACACUCGAGGCUCUGCUCGCAGAAUUGAAGCAUCAUGCGCUGCACUCGUCGCGUUUUCUCUCGACCAGCGAGGGCAUUGAAGCUUCACUCUGCACGCUAUACUAUGCGCUCACUCUUUUGCACUCCCGCCUGACGCAUCUGCUCGAGGCAUCAUACGAGCGCAUCGCCGACGAGAUCGUCGCAAGCGCUAGCAAGACCAUGAUGCCCGGGGAGGUGGUCGCCGCCCAUAUCGAGCCACCACACGUCCAGCUUCGAGACACUUGUGAAAGCGUACGAACCGCCGGGUUGACAGUCUACAAAGUGCGAUCCUUUUUGCGCCUUUGGGGCCUGGUAAGGAUCUAUGGAAGUGCGCGAAGAACAUACAGCCGACCACCACACGAUCCAAUCAUCAAAUUGCUGGUCUGGACCCAAAUAGGUGCGAAGGCGACCUACCAGAUCCUUGAGAAUGGCGCAUUUCUGGCGAGUGUCGGGCUAUUAAGAAGUAAGAGAUGGCAGAGCCGAGAACCCAAAUGGUGGGCGUGGAGUAAUCGAGUUUGGAUGGUUUCACUCGCUUUGAAUCUGCUGCGGCUGCUGCGCGUACGUCAACUACAGUUUAACGAAGAGUUCGGGGCACAAAGCAGAGGCUCGGAUGAGAUCGCAAAGGUAAAAAGCGAGGAACUCAAGCGGCGGUGGGCAAGAGAGCUAUUUGCGACCGUCGGAUGGAUUGCGCCGACAUUAUAUCUGAGCUACGAGGACCCGUUAGACAGUCCGGUCAGCGAAGCAUGGAUGGGCAUUUCUGGCAUAGUGCCUGGUAUCAUCUCUCUACAAGAUGUGUGGACUCGUACGAGAUGA